AUGAAAGCUAUCACACACGAGAAGGGUGCACAAGUUCCUUCCAUCAAGGUCUAUGCCAACAAAUACUUAGAUCAUGUUAUCGUUGUUACCGGAGCAGCAUCUGGCAUCGGGAAAGUGACGGCACAUCUCUUUGCCGAGCAAGGUGCAGAUGUCGUGCUUUUUGAUAUCGACGAGCCGAACAUCAAGGACGUUCAGUCUUCUAUCCUCCAACAAGGAGGCAAGGCAGAAAUCCAGGUCUGCGAUGUGAGUGAUGAUGGAUCUGUCAACAAGGCGAUUGACGCUACGAUACAAAGAUUUGGCAAGAUCGAUGUUUUGAUCAAUCUCGCUGGCACGGCUGUUUUCUCUCCUUUGGAGCGCCAAACCACGGAAAACUAUCAACAAGUAAUUUCGACGAAUCUCGAUGGAGGCUUCUUCCUGACUCGUGCCGUUCUCCCUCAUAUGCGAAAAGCCAGAUAUGGGCGCAUUAUACACACGUCCUCCUCAACAACUGGUAACCCGGCCUUUGGAUUAGCACCUUAUGUUGCUUCCAAAGCCGGCAUCAUCGGGCUAGUUCGCGCGAGUGCAGUGGAAGCUGGACCUGGCAUCACAGUCAACGCGCUUCUCCCGGGUCUUACUGACUUCACCAAAGUUGCUGAGACCGAACAAUCUUCACUGCUCUUUGACAGUGUCCUCGCUCGCCAGGCCAUCAAGCGCAGAGGCCACCCUCUCGAUAUGGCACAUGCAUUAUCCUUUAUCGCUAGCCCAGAAGCAGCGUUCUUUACUGGACAGGCUUUCGAGUGUAGUGGUGGCGAGUCUUUCCGCUGA